AUGAGAAGAAGGCAAGGAGAAGAAGGCAAGGAGAAGAAGGCAAGGAGAAGAAGGCAAGGAGAAGAAGGCAAGGAGAAGAAGGCAAGGAGAAGAAGGCAAGGAGAAGAAGGCAAGGAGAAGAAGGCAAGGAGAAGAAGGCAAGGAGAAGAAGGCAAGGAGAAGAAGGCAAGGAGAAGAAGGCAAGGAGAAGAAGGCAAGGAGAAGAAGGCAAGGAGAAGAAGGCAAGGAGAAGAAGGCAAGGAGAAGAAGGCAAGGAGAAGAAGGCAAGGAGAAGAAGGCAAGGAGAAGAAGGCAAGGAGAAGAAGGCAAGGAGAAGAAGGCAAGGAGAAGAAGGCAAGGAGAAGAAGGCAAGGAGAAGAAGGCAAGGAGAAGAAGGCAAGGAGAAGAAGGCAAGGAGAAGAAGGCAAGGAGAAGAAGGCAAGGAGAAGAAGGCAAGGAGAAGAAGGCAAGGAGAAGAAGACAAGGAGAAGAAGACAAGGAGAAGAAGACAAGGAGAAGAAGACAAGGAGAAGAAGACAAGGAGAAGAAGACAAGGAGAAGAAGACAAGGAGAAGAAGACAAGGAGAAGAAGACAAGGAGAAGAAGGCAAUGAGAAGGCAAGGAGAAGAAGGCAAUGAGAAGGCAAGGAGAAGAAGGCGGAGACCAGAGAAGGCAAGGAGAAGAAGGCAAGGAGAAGAAGGCAAGGAGAAGAAGGCAAGGAGAAGAAGGCAAGGAGAAGAAGGCAAGGAGAAGAAGGCAAGGAGAAGAAGGCAAGGAGAAGAAGGCAAGGAGAAGAAGGCAAGGAGAAGAAGGCAAGGAGAAGAAGGCAAGGAGAAGAAGGCAAGGAGAAGAAGGCAAGGAGAAGAAGGCAAGGAGAAGAAGGCAAGGAGAAGAAGGCAAGGAGAAGAAGGCAAGGAGAAGAAGGCAAGGAGAAGAAGGCAAGGAGAAGAAGGCAAGGAGAAGAAGGCAAGGAGAAGAAGGCAAGGAGAAGAAGGCAAGGAGAAGAAGGCAAGGAGAAGAAGGCAAGGAGAAGAAGGCAAGGAGAAGAAGGCAAGGAGAAGAAGGCAAGGAGAAGAAGGCAAGGAGAAGAAGGCAAGGAGAAGAAGGCAAGGAGAAGAAGGCAAGGAGAAGAAGGCAAGGAGAAGAAGGCAAGGAGAAGAAGGCAAGGAGAAGAAGGCAAGGAGAAGAAGGCAAGGAGAAGAAGGCAAGGAGAAGAAGGCAAGGAGAAGAAGGCAAGGAGAAGAAGGCAAGGAGAAGAAGGCAAGGAGAAGAAGGCAAGGAGAAGGAGGCAAGGAGAAGGAGGCAAGGAGAAGGAGGCAAGGAGAAGGAGGCAAGGAGAAGGAGGCAAGGAGAAGGAGGCAAGGAGAAGGAGGCAAGGAGAAGGAGGCAAGGAGAAGGAGGCAAGGAGAAGGAGGCAAGGAGAAGGAGGCAAGGAGAAGGAGGCAAGGAGAAGGAGGCAAGGAGAAGGAGGCAAGGAGAAGGAGGCAAGGAGAAGGAGGCAAGGAGAAGGAGGCAAGGAGAAGGAGGCAAGGAGAAGGAGGCAAGGAGAAGGAGGCAAGGAGAAGGAGGCAAGGAGAAGGAGGCAAGGAGAAGGAGGCAAGGAGAAGGAGGCAAGGAGAAGGAGGCAAGGAGAAGGAGGCAAGGAGAAGGAGGCAAGGAGAAGGAGGCAAGGAGAAGGAGGCAAGGAGAAGGAGGCAAGGAGAAGGAGGCAAGGAGAAGGAGGCAAGGAGAAGGAGGCAAGGAGAAGGAGGCAAGGAGAAGGAGGCAAGGAGAAGGAGGCAAGGAGAAGGAGGCAAGGAGAAGGAGGCAAGGAGAAGGAGGCAAGGAGAAGGAGGCAAGGAGAAGGAGGCAAGGAGAAGGAGGCAAGGAGAAGGAGGCAAGGAGAAGGAGGCAAGGAGAAGGAGGCAAGGAGAAGGAGGCAAGGAGAAGGAGGCAAGGAGAAGGAGGCAAGGAGAAGGAGGCAAGGAGAAGGAGGCAAGGAGAAGGAGGCAAGGAGAAGGAGGCAAGGAGAAGGAGGCAAGGAGAAGGAGGCAAGGAGAAGGAGGCAAGGAGAAGAAGGCAAGGAGAAGGAGGCAAGGAGAAGAAGGCAAGGAGAAGAAGGCAAGGAGAAGAAGGCAAGGAGAAGAAGGCAAGGAGAAGAAGGCAAGGAGAAGAAGGCAAGGAGAAGAAGGCAAGGAGAAGAAGGCAAGGAGAAGAAGGCAAGGAGAAGAAGGCAAGGAGAAGAAGGCAAGGAGAAGAAGGCAAGGAGAAGAAGGCAAGGAGAAGAAGGCAAGGAGAAGAAGGCAAGGAGAAGAAGGCAAGGAGAAGAAGGCAAGGAGAAGAAGGCAAGGAGAAGAAGGCAAGGAGAAGAAGGCAAGGAGAAGAAGGCAAGGAGAAGAAGGCAAGGAGAAGAAGGCAAGGAGAAGAAGGCAAGGAGAAGAAGGCAAGGAGAAGAAGGCAAGGAGAAGAAGGCAAGGAGAAGAAGGCAAGGAGAAGAAGGCAAGGAGAAGAAGGCAAGGAGAAGAAGGCAAGGAGAAGAAGGCAAGGAGAAGAAGGCAAGGAGAAGAAGGCAAGGAGAAGAAGGCAAGGAGAAGAAGGCAAGGAGAAGAAGGCAAGGAGAAGAAGGCAAGGAGAAGAAGGCAAGGAGAAGAAGGCAAGGAGAAGAAGGCAAGGAGAAGAAGGCAAGGAGAAGAAGGCAAGGAGAAGAAGGCAAGGAGAAGAAGGCAAGGAGAAGAAGACAAGGAGAAGAAGACAAGGAGAAGAAGACAAGGAGAAGAAGACAAGGAGAAGAAGACAAGGAGAAGAAGACAAGGAGAAGAAGGCAAGGAGAAGAAGGCAAUGAGAAGGCAAGGAGAAGAAGGCAAUGAGAAGGCAAGGAGAAGAAGGCAAUGA